AUGACUUGGAACGUGUUCAAGUUCUGCACCGCCCUCAGAGGCUUAGGUUCGAUCAUGAUACUUUUGGUUUUUGGGGUUGUUGGUGUUAUUUAUUAUGCUGUUGUUUUGACCAAUUACAGUCCUGUGUUAUCUGCUGAAGGCCUUGAUUGUCUUCUUGCCAUCGCAGUGUUGAUCUUGUUUCAUGGUUUGUUAAUUAUGCUAUUGUGGAGUUAUUUUUCUGUCGUAUUUAUGAAUUCGGGAAGUGUGCCUCCAAACUGGAGGCCUGCAAUUGAUGAAGAAAGAGGAGAGGAUGAUCCGUUGGUUGCCUCCGAGUUUGGUAAUCUGCAAUCUGAUCCUUCUGGUCAACGUGUCUGUUACUGCCGGAAGUGCAACCAGCUCAAGCCGCCUCGAUGCCAUCAUUGUUCAGUUUGGAAUAUUCAUGCACAAUAA